AUGGACAAAGUUCAAAGUUCUUUCACCUUUCUAGUUCUGUUUUUAAUGGAAUGCCCACUUCUUCUAUGCUUGCCUUAUGGAGGCUACAAACAGUCACAAACAUCCACAAAUGUCACUAAGCAGGAAGGUGUUUUCUCAAGACUCAGAGCUCCAAGACCUAUUAUGCCCAAGCAAUUCCCAGGGCAUAACGGCCAAGGAUGGCCCCAGCCAGUGCGCCACCGUCCAUCUCCCCGGACUGGCACAGGCACAGGCGGUGGGGAGAGUCGUCCACCUGACCGCAGCAAGAGCCGCCGGAAUCUCAGAGCACAUCCGACGCCCGCGAGCGCUGAGACCUGGCAUGCAGCACUGAUUUCACACAGACCUGCUCUUGUUCAAGUAAUUAUAAUUGCGUGUGUAGCUUUUACCAUUGCCCUGGUAUGUGGAAUCGUUAUUUCCUAUGUGAUAUAUCGGCUGGUGCACGCGGAGGAAAGACAGCAACUGGUGUGGCUUUAUAACAACGUCAGCGUACCAUUCCUGGGAGACGACGACGACGACAAUGUGGGUGAGGACUCUGAGAGCGAGAGCCUGGAUGAGUCCGCCUACCUGCUUCCAGAGAAUGAAGAGGAGCUGGAGAAGUUCAUUCACUCAGUUAUUAGAUCCAAAAGAAGAAAGCAUAUGGAAAACAAGAGAUUGAGGAAAGAGCAAAAUUUAUUAAAGGGAACAAUAAUGGGGAAUUCUAUGCCCGGUAUAUUCUCAGAGGAUCUAUGA